UCAGAUCGGCAGAUGGAAGCGCAUGCCUUCGACUGCAGUGAACUCCUGCUAGAGAGUGCACGUCUGCAAGUGCGGAAGAAGAAGGCGGUUGCGGCUGAGGAUUAUGCGGAAGCAGCGAGGGUGAAGAGAAGGGCUGCAGAGAUUGAGAGCAUUGGGCUCCAAAAAGAUGUGUCUUCCUAUGUUCCAGCCAGAGAGAAGUUGGAGAUCCUGAAGCAGAAAGCUGUGGCUGCCGAGGAUUUCGCAGAGGCUGGAAGGCUCAAGAGGCUUUUGAAGAGCAUAGAGAACGAUGAGGACAAGAGGGACCCGAUUCUCAAUGCACUUCUGACGGCGUUGAUCGUCGCCAAGGGAAAUCCUGGAGAUGGUGAAGUAGCGGCAGAAUUGCAUGGCAUGAUAAAUGCAAGGCAAGCCAAUGCCGGUGAGCAGGACGCAAGAGGUGCCUGCGCCGCUGACAAGCAAGCUGCUUUGACAGCGCCAGAAGUGCAGCAACGGAAGGCCUCAGCCAUCAAGGACAGCCAGCGCAAAGAUGUGGAGACGAGCUCUACCAAAAUCAGGAAGGUUGGCAGAGACGUCAAAGAUGGAAAGGUCGAGGAAGGUGCACAAAGCUGCGCCGCUGAAAAGCAAGCAAAUUUGGCAGCACCAGUUCAGCCACGCAAGGCCUCAGCCGUCAAGGACAGCAAGCGCAAAGCUGCAGAGAAGAGCUCUGACAAAGUUAGCAAACUUAGCAAAGACGGCAAAGACGUCAAAGAUGCAAAGGUCAAGGAGAUGUAAGAGGUGCACAAAGCUGCGCCGCUGAAAAGCAAGCCACUUUGGCAGCACCAGAAGUUCAGCCUCGGAAGGCCUCAGCCAACAAGGACAGCAAGCGCAAAGCUGCAGAGAAGAGCUCUGACAAUCUUAGCAAACUUAGCAAAGACGGCAAAGACGUCAAAGAUGCAAAGGUCGAGGAGCGCAAACAGUGUGACUCCUUUUGGGCACGUGGAAAGUGUACUGCAGAUACUGUGGCCACUCAUCACUUACCAUGCCACAGGAUGCA